AGGAACUAUUCCGAACGACGUUAAAUGUGAACUCACUCAUUCGCUCACACAGCUGGUUAGAAAUAUGACGUCGCGUGACUUUGGCGACUACAUCCGAGGCAGCAUCACGGACAGCGUCACGCACGACACCGACUAUUACGGGGCGACGUUCUACGACCAGACAAAGACGGGGACGUCCAACGCCUGCAUCAUCGACGCCGAGGGCAACGCUGUUACCAUAACGGCCGCGAUAAAUACAUUUUUUGGUUCCAAAAUUCGCGGACGUAGAACCGGGAUUACCUUCAAUAAUGAAAUGGACGACUUCUCAACACCAGGCAUCAUCAAUCAAUUCGGCGUCCCUGCCUCUGAAGCCAACUUCAUCAAACCCAGGAAACGCCCCCAGUCCUCUAUGUGCCCGUCAAUCAUCGUCAACCAGACUUCCGGUGAUGUUGUCAUGACGAUAGGUGCUUCCGGUGGGACCAGAAUCACCACAUCAGUGGCUUUAGUGGCGAUGUUUGCCUUGAGGAUGGGGGUGCCGAUAGCAGAUGCAGUUGAUCACAAGCGUCUACAUCACCAGUCAUUGCCGAAGCAAAUACGUAUUGAGAGAGGUUUUUCUCAUGUAAAUAGGUCAAUUGCCGCAAAGUUGGGCAACUUUGCUUGUCAGUGUCACGUCUCUGAGAUAUCAGACCGUUUUAGUUUGCUGUCCUCCCAGGGCUAGGAU